GAAAAAGAACAGCGGGGGAAAGAACCGAGGUUGAGGCUGCAGGAGAAAGCUGGGGGAAGGAUGGGCGAGCCGGCGUUUAAAACCACCGGAUCCAAGUGGCUGCAGCCCGUCAGUGAGCUCCUGGGCUUCCCUCUGGACCAGGUGAACUUUAUGUUCUGCCAGCUGUUUGCCCUCGGUGCUGCCUUCUGGUUCCGUCUCUACCUCAGUCCUCGCCACGCCAACCCUCUGGUCAGGCACGCUGUCGCCACUCUCCUCGGCAUCGCCUUCCUCAUCUUCUGCUUUGGAUGGUACUCGGCUCACAUCCUGACUGUGGUGCUCGCAAACUACUUGAUCAUUAUCAACGCUGACAUCAAUAAUGUCCACAAGUAUUCCAUGGUGACUGCUAUGGGCUAUCUGACAGUGUGCCAAGUGAGCCGAGUCUUCAUCUUCAACUAUGGGAUACUUUCCACUGACUUCUCUGGACCUUUGAUGAUAGUAACCCAGAAGAUCACCACGCUGGCUUUCCAGCUGCAUGACGGUAUGUGUAAGAAGCCUGAACAGCUGACAUCGGAGCAGAAGCUUGCAGCUAUAGACGUGAGGCCUUCUCUCAUCGAGUACCUGAGCUAUAAUCUGAACUUCCUCAGUGUGUUGGUGGGUCCGUGCACAGACUAUAAGGAUUAUACAGACUUCAUAGAGGGCAGACACAUCAGCAGGAGGCUCAGGCUGCGCUCUGGGACAUGUAACGGGCAGAAUGGCUUCGAUAAGACGCCAGAGCCGUCACCUACAGAUGCUGUCUGUCGAAAGCUGCUGGUCUGCAGUGGCUGUAUGCUGUUCUUCCUCACCGUGACUCGGGCCUUGCCGAUAAAGCACAACGUCAACUCCGACUUUGUCAGCGGCGCCUCCUUCCUCACCAGACUCACGUACGCUUUCUUCUCCAUACAAGCUGCAAGGCCCAAAUUCUACUUCGCUUGGACACUAGCUGAUGCUGUGAACAACGCGGCCGGUUAUGGUUUCCUUGGGAUGGAUGAAAAUGGAAAACCAUCCUGGGACCUCAUCUGCAACCUCAACAUCAUCGGGAUUGAGACGGCAACCAGCUUCAAGACCUUCAUAGACAACUGGAAUAUUCGAACAGGAAUUUGGCUCAAGACGGUGUGUUACGACCGAGUGCCGAAGCACCAGUUGGCGUUGACCUUCAUCCUGUCGGCUCUGUGGCACGGAGUUUAUCCAGGAUACUACUUUACCUUCCUCACUGCCAUCCCCAUCACUGUGGCUGCGAGAGCUGUGAGGAAAUCUGUUCGUCACUUCUUCCUGAGCUCCGGAGUCUUGAAGUUUGGUUACGACAUCCUAACUUGGGCAGCCACACAGCUCGCCAUCUGCUACACCGUCAUGCCUUUUCUACUGCUGGCAGUCGACCACACUCUAGUUUAUUACAGGUCCAUGUACUUCCACGUGCACAUCAUCAGCAUUCUGGCUGCAGUCGCCCUCCAUCGGAAACAUAAACCCAGGGAACCCUCUGCCACCAAAGCGUUUUCCUCCUCCUCCUCGGCUCCGUGCUCAGCCCAGUGCCAGCCUGUUCACUCCAACAACAAUGACAAAGUGGACUGAAAAGCCCCCUCUUCACGUUCUUUUACCAGCUUCUCGCUCCUCUCUCUCAAAAGACAAGUGAGUGUCCCCACUGGGCGACUUAAAACGGGGAAAACUUUGUGCUAUUUAUUUUUUGGGGACAAUACAGACUAAAGAGAUAGAUGAUGGUACCGGACAACGCAGGAUUUCUCACCUGCGGCACUGAAUACACACCAGGAUGGAAAAUUAAGGCGACGACGUUGAACUCAGCAGGCCGACUGUAAAGAGAAACACUAGCUGAGUGAACGCUGGCCUCCCUUCAACCUGCCCCCGGCUCUCUCCCCUCCAUCCCACCUCAACACCAGCCUGCUCUCCCCCCCUCUCCUCCCCUCCGCUUACCAACAACAAUGCAACAGUGUGAAGAGAGAAAAUGAGGCUCACUUUCAUUCCUGUCCUCCAUCUGCACUGUCCCACUGACUGGUGGGAUCCAAGCCAAACGCAGUGGGAGAGCAGCUCAUAAACAGGCUGCAAAUACCACAAAAACUCGUGCAUAAGCAGACGCUGGGAAACAAAUAUGCACAUACUCUCUCUCGGACGCGCUCGCACUCGGUCGCGCUCGGGCGGCACACAAAGGCCGCCCUUGUGAGGCCACAACAGAGCAUGCCAAGAGGGGAGAGAGCUGCACCCGCUGCACCCAGAUGAUGUUGUAGAUUCAUGUGCGCCUACGUCCCACCAUCGUUUGUCGGUGAAAAAAAAAACAAAAAACGAUGGACUGUGUCAGUAUUUCUACCACUGAAAAGCACAUGAAAUACUAAUCAGACCCUGCAGCUCUCAGACUGUCUAGUGGAAGCAUUAAUAUUUCUGAUAUGGUGACAUUUUCAGGUAGCUCCUCCAGGUGAGGAAACUUUAGUUGUAUCACUUCCUUGCACAGUUAUAACAAAUGAAACAAUGGCAGAAGCACAAGAGUACUUCCCGUAGUUUAGUUAGCAACCACUUUCCUAUCUUGUUUUUAAAUAGUGACACAGUUGUGCUAUCAUGUGCACGGUGCUGGAUACCUGCCAUCAUGAUACAGUGAACAAAAAAGCUGUGGUGAAGCUGAGAGGAAAUCCAUUUGACUUUUCUCACUUUUCGGACACUUAAAGAAUAGAAAAUGUGACCCCGAAAAGAGGGAUUUAUAAGUCAAACGUGUUUCCUCUCAGUGGAAACACGGCACUGUGUUGGUCCUGUGGCUCUUUGUAGGAUUGAGAGGUUGUUUUAACAGAGACAUCUGGUGGUUGUUUGUGCGUCUGAACUGAGCUGAAUGAAGUAAUGAAGGUAAGUCAUGUGUGACCGACUGGAACUGUCAUCCUUCAGCAAUGCAACUUCAAGCCAAACACCAGCUGAUUUUUUUAUUUUUAUUUUAUUUUUUUGUCUCCACCGGUAUUACAAUUUAUCACUAGCUUUUACUUUUUGCACAGUUGAAGUUGACGAAUAUGUUGAUCACAGAAGAAAUGAGCACAGCGGGAGGAAAUUAGCCCCGAUGAUGACGGUUUGGGAGUUUGUGGCACAGUGGUUUGAAUAAUAAUGGUGCUACAUGCAGGCUAGUGAGAUAGCUCUGUUUAUAGGUUUAUUAUAACGAGGUUUGCUAGAUGAGCUAACCAGUUGCAAUGCAAGAACUUUUUUUUUUUUUUUUUUUAAGAACAGUGCCCGUUUUCCUCGUGAAACUCUCUAUAAAGGGGCUUCCUACUGAAAAUGCAUUUUCUUUCUGUGGGUAGAGCAUGUUUGUACACCAUGUUUGCCUGUUUAAUCAUGUUGGAGAAACAAUCUCAAUGCAUUUUGUUACCUGCUUUGGAGUAUAAUGCCUGGAAAAAUGUGCGUUUUAGACUUGCCUGUUAUGUCUCAGUUUAUAUAUUAACUCAACCCUCUAAUUCCUAACAUGUAGAGCCUUAUUUUUGAAAGAAAACGAAACAUCACAAACCAUGAAUCUAUUUUCUUUUAUAUACAUUUUUCAAUCCUGACAGACAAAUUAAAUUUCUUAUCUGUGCUGUGAUGAUGGAGUCGGGGCCACAAAUGGCAUUAACACUAGUUAUUGAAUAAAUACCACAAGGGAAUUAUUCAAGAUUUUAACUGUUAGGGAGGAAAAUGCAAAUGAACCCAUCAUGAGUCUACUUUAGCUAAUUAGAUCAAUUUCCUUUAUGACUAAAUCUUUUAUAUCUUCAGCUAUGUUGGAUUUAAGAUGCCACCAUUUAAUUUUUUGUUGAUUAUGCUGAUGUUUAAAUGCACAUUAGCGCCGCUCAUGGAGUUAAUGAAGUGUCAAUAAUUACAACCCUGAGGACCCGAACACUGGUUAUUUGUUUUGCAAGAUGCCUUUUGCGAGCAUUUAGACCUGAAGUCAACAAAAUGUGCCGGUAAAAGGCUCAACGAGGGAAGCAGGUUGGCUUUUGCUAUAAUAUAAAAAAUAGAAUUUCGUACAUCUAAGCCGUUAUUAACUGGAACUGUUGGAUGUUGUUCUCAGUACCAAGUUCGUCUACAUGUGUUUUUGUUUUUUUAGAACAGGGAACUGAGCAGUGAGUGACAAAUACACAGUAUGAAUCUUUUGUCAGAAUGAGCAGCUAUUUGAAUGAUUUAAUACUGAUACUGAAUUAUUUUUUUGUAUGUGUUUUGCAGAUGUGUGUUAUCUAAAUGUACUGACUGUGAGAGUGUAUGCGAGUUCUAUUUUAUUACUACCUUUGCUCCGUUUUAGUAUUGAUUGUGUGGAGAAAUGAGUGGUAUCAAAAAAAAAUCUAAUAAAGCUUCAGUGAAACAAA